AUGACGGACAUCACGAAGAUGUUCCGCCAGAUCAGAGUUCACGAGGAUGAAUGGCCCCUGCAGCAGAUUUUAUGGACCAACUCAAGUGGAGAAAUAGUCACGUAUCAACUGACAACAGUCACAUAUGGCAUAAGAUCAGCUCCGUUUCUCGCAAAUCGUGUUCUUCUUCAGCUGGCUGAGGAUGGAAGAUAUCGGUUCCCUUUGGCCGUCUCGCCCAUCGUGAGAGGAAGAUACGUCGACGACAUCUGUGGAGGUGCAGACACGCAUGACCAACUCGUUAGGACCGCUCAAGAAGUUCGUGAUCUCUGUGUUGCUGGAGGAACACCUCUGGCAAAAUGGCAUAGUAAUAGUCCAGCGCUACUCCAGUGGCUCGCUCCUGAUAGUGCCUCCAAUGUCCAGCGAGUUUAUGAGGAUUCGGACACCCGGAUUCUUGGUUUAUCGUGGCAGCCCAGCUCGGAUAACUUCGUCUACUCAAGACGGACCAGCGAUGAAUCGAAAGUCUCUAAGAGGAACAUUCUCUCAGAGAUCGCUCCGAUCUAUGACCCGCUCGGAGUUCUAUCUCUUGUCGUGAUCGGAGGAAAACUGCUCAUGCAGGGGACUUGGAGUCGUAAGCUCGGCUGGGAUAAGGAAGCCCCAGGACAAGUAGCUCAGCGUUGGAAAAUGUUCCGUAGUGAUCUUGGUCUGCUUUCGAAGCUAUCUGUACCAAGAUGGCUAGGCCUGCUCGAGAAUUCGUCGAUUGAAAUCGAUGGAUUCUCAGAUGCUUCUGUUCUCGCGAUGUCAGCCGUCGUCUAUCUCUUCAAUGGAGCUCCUCUCAAACGGCUGACGAUCCCAAGGCUAGAGCUCACAGCUGCGGUUAUUCUUGCCAAACUCGUAAGAUGGAAGGAAUUCGUAAGAAAUCAUGUCCAGCUCAUACAAGAGAUCUCGCAAGCUCAAUGGAAACUCGUUCCUGACAAGGAAAACCCAGCUGAUUGCGCAUCUCAUGGGCUAACCACAGCUCAGCUCUCUUCACAUGAACUCUGGUGGCACGGACUACCAUGGCUCAUGAAAAGCUCAUCGUCUUGGCCAUCUCUAGAGCUCGCUUCAGUGGUAUCAGCAGAUCUUCAAGAGAAACCUGGUGUCAUUCUCAACAUGAAGGUCCAGCGCCCAGAUAUCUGGGAUUUACUUCAUCGCUAUUCUUCAUUCAGCAAACUGCUUCGCGUCAUUGCUCGUCUCCGAAGAAUUCCUGGAUCAUCGUUAGCAACAGCUCUGAACCCUGGUGACAUCGAGCAAGCCCGACUACUCUGGAUCAAGCCCACUCAGUCUGCGCACUUCUCAGCUGAGCUUACGACCUUGUCCAGAGGACAACAUCUUAGCUCAUCUCACCCACUCACAGCGUUUCUGACAGCGUUUCUGGAUCACCGGGGCGUUCUACGCGUUGGAGGACGCCCAAAAUUUGCUCAGCUCAACUGCGAAAAUAAGCAUCAGAUCAUCGUAUCUUGGGAUUCUCAGUUCGCUCAACUCAUCAUUCGAGGUGCUCAUCUCAGAACUCUACAUGGAGGAACGCAGCUCACUUUUGGCCAGCUCAGACGAUCUUACCGGAUUCUCGGAGGAAGAGCACCAGUAAGAUCGUUCAUUCUCAAGUGCGUUCCUUGCUCUAGACAACGAGGGAUCAAAGCUCAACAGCUCAUGGGUCAACUCCCAGUUUCACGUCUCACACCUGGCUGCCCGUUUCUCAACACUGGCGUUGAUUACGCCGGACGAGUGGGAAGGGCGUGGUCAUAA